AUGAUGAUGAAGUGCCGUCUGCUGUGCGCCCUGUUGGUGCUCGUCCUGUGCUGCUGCCCGUCCGUGUGCGCCGCAGACGUGACCCUGAAUGAACCUCAAAUUGAGGGGAACGGCGCCAGUCUGCCGUCCGCUACAUCUGAAACUAACCCUAAGACGCAAAAUCCUGCCGACACCAGUCCAUUGCCCUCUCCAAAGGCAAACACUAGUCUAGAUCCGGAGAAUGAAGUUGAUGCGAGGGGAAAGGACACCAUUUCUUCGUCCGCUGCGGCAGAGGUAGCACUUCGAAGUGCAGAUGAGUCAGGGUCACUGAACCAGGAGUCCGGUACGGUGCAGGGAAACACCGCCAGUUCAUUUUCCCCUGCACCACCCACUGAGCCUAGCAAGAGGACUGGGACUGAUCCGGAGGAUAAAGAUAAUUCUAAAAAGAUCGUGACGCCUGAGGAUAUCUCCGAGACGACCACCACAACCAAUACAACAAAAUCACCAACUACUACCACGACCACCACCACUGCGCCAGAGGCACCAAGCACUACGACCACCCACACACCGUCACGUCUUCGCGAAAUCGACGGCAGCCUCAGCAGCUCUGCAUGGGUGUGUGCCCCGCUGGUGCUUGCCGUAUGCGCGCUGGCGUACACCGCUGUGGGCUGA